GCAAGUUUGAAACCAGCAGCUUAACCUCCAGUUGAGUAGAAUUUAAAGAAGCUAUUGACAUUUAUGAGUGCCACUGUGAAUACAUACAUACACGUAAACAUACAUAUACUCUCCCAUAUGCACAUAAACACACACACUCAUAAACAUAUAUAUAUAUAUAUAUAUAAAUGCACACGCAUAUCCAUGUAUGUAUUUGCAUAUAUAUGUAUUUUAAGUCAUAUUUCAUUAUUUUGUUUAGCAUGAGCAUUCAAUGGAAUUUGAAGAGAGGUUGCAGCUAACACCAAAAUUGUAAACACACACACACACACACGAAUGAAAAAAGGAAAAUAAUAAAAACAAGCAAACUUCAUUAAAUAUAACAAUAGUAAUUAUAUCAAAUAAUGGAAAAUGUCAUGAUUACUUUCUAACUACAAUAGAAAUUUUUUUAAGAAAAAAACGUAAAAUAACUUUAUGGAGAAGAAUAUAUAUAUAUAUAAAAAAAAAAGAAAUCAAAGCAAAACAUUGUUCAAGCAGUUAUGAGCUAUGUAGCAUUGCCAAAUGUUGAAAUUAACUUCAGUGGUGUUAUUGUUACUAUUGUUACUAUUACUACAGUGGUUUGUAUCAAGGACUGCCUUUAAUGAAAUAUCCAUCAGAAACCAGCUCCCUCCUUCUAGGAAGAAGUCUAACAAAUAAGAAAAAAGUGAACACGCACACACACACGCACAAGCAUUUAAAGGAGAAGAGAGGAGUUGAGGAAAAGAAAUUCACACACAUAUACAUACUGUAUAUGAUUAAUGAAUCAAAGGACAUUUGAAAAUAUGAUCAUUCAAUAACAGAGAGCUGAGAGAUGACUGAACAGGUAUCAUCACAGUAUCUUAAUAAUGGCAUGAAAGAUGGUCACAUAGCACUUCAGGAACAGCCAAUAUUACAACCAGCUAGCACUACAAAGCCAGACAGUGAUGUGGAAGCUCGAGUUAAUCAGUUCAUGCAAACUACAGGGCGAAGUUUACAAGGGCAGUAUUGGCGCCGGAGUGCAUUUGAACUUUCUAAAUGGCUUACAGCUCAAAUACAAUAUGAACGUCAAGGUUGGCAGUUGAAACUGCAAACAGCAUUAAAAGAGAUAGAAAGCUAUCGAAAAGAAGCUUUAAUUGCUGAUAAAAUAUUAACAGAUAGCUUACAAGCUUUACUGAAUUGUCUGGAGACAUGUUCUAUAAAUUACACUAAAAAAGUAAUCUCUGUAAAUAAGAAGAAAAAUAUUUUUAUAGAAUAUGUAGAUUUGUUGACUGAGUUAUUGCAAUUUUUAAUUCAAGAACGCCUGCAGUGUCUUUGUCUAAUGGAGAGGAAACCUGAUAUAAAAGUGAACCUUGUAGAAUGCAUACAUCAAUUUUUAGAAAGUGAACUUAAAUCAGCCAAACAAGUACGGUCUCAAGCAAUAAAACAAGAACAGGAAUUACGUUCAAUAAUAACUGAACUUAAGAAAGAUAAAGAGAAUUUUCAAAAGAUGGCUCUUUAUUCAAGCUGGAUUACAACUAAUAAGAUACAGAAGGAUUCUAACACUGUCAAAAAGUAUAAAAAAUAUUCAGUUGAACCAACAAUAAAUUUGAUUUUAUCAAACACCAGCAGCAACAACAAUGGUAGAGUAAGAAGCAAGCAGCAGGCAAAUAGAUCCCAAAUAACAGAACAUAACAGUUCCAUUAACAAUGUCACUUCUGAUCUUUUAAAAGAAAUAGAAGCUCAAGAAUCACUGACAUGUCUAAGUAAUAUGCAAACUGAUAAAAAUGGAAAGACAUUUACUGUAAGCAAUCAAAUAAAUCUGAAUGAAAUCACCAUAAAACCUAACAAAAUUGCUCAUUGUGAAUAUAGAACAGUGAGAGAGGGUUGUGACCCAACUGAAGAGCCAGUUGGUAAUGUUAUGAAAGCUCAAUACAAUCUACCCCCUAUUAAAGUUUGGCCACGACAAAUAAGGGUUAGAAGAUUAUCAACCUGAAACAGCAAAAAAAAAAAAAAUGUUUAUUUAAAGGUAACAUAUCUUUAUAUUUAUAAUUGUUUGAGCUAGUUUCCUUUCCUUAUGUGAAAGUGAUAAGUAUAACAAUUCUCAGCCAUCAUCCAAUGAAACCAUCAAGGACCAAUGAUAUCAUGUAUUUGCAAGAUUUGGGGCUAAUAGUCUACAAGUUAUCACUCUGCAGUAGAUGCAGUUUAUUUCAGCCUACUGGGCUGGAGUCGUGUGAAAUGAAAUGCCUUGCUCAUGAUACAACUAGUUGCUUGGUUCAGGAAUUGAACCCAUGACACUAUGAUUAUCAGUCCAUUCUAACCAUUAGACCAUGCAUCUGCACAAGUAAAACAGUACUUUUGUUUAAAUAUCUUAAGAUGAAUUGUUAAAACAAUUACACUUUACAUUUCUAAAGAUGAAAUUAUUACUAUUUCUUGAUCUAUUAAGUCCAUCUUUAAAAAUGCUAAGUGUUGUACUCAGGAUAGUAAUACUUUUAGUCACCAAGCCACCGUUUUAUCCACACAUUGUCAUUGACCUCACGAAUAACAACAUUAUUACCCUUGGUUUAGAAAUACAUGUUCCUGGCUCAAAUACAGUCUGGUGCUAUAUGCAAGAAUACGAAACAUAAUGAUGAUUGGAAAUCAAAUGGAUGAAAAUGUAAUGUAGAUGUAAAUACUAAAACAUUAUAUCAUUUUAAAAAUUAUAACUGUAUUAUUACUUUUGGUAUUGUGUCAAAUAGGGAAUUUAUUAAUGUAAUUAAACUUUACCUCUUAAUUUUUCAGUUUUUCUAUUUUAUUUUUAUGUGCACAUACCUAGACAUUCAUAUAAAUACAUUACCUCUCACAGAUAUGUAUGCACAUAGACACAUACAUGCACAUAGACAUGUACAAACACAAAUACUCUCACAUGAUUAUGAUUACACACAUACAUUUACAUACUGAAAGAAAUUGCAUGCAUUCAAAAGUAAAUAGCUCUUUGAACAUUUGAGCUAAAAAGGGGUUCAAUGAGUCCCUCAUUGGGUCACUGCAUUAUAAGCUGUGGAUUAGCAGAAUUGUGAGGGACAAGACAAAAUGCUUGUAGGAUUUAGAUUAAAUUCCUUUACAUUCUUCAGUUUCAACUCUGUCAAUGUCAGCUUUGCUGUUCAUCUUGCAAAGUUGUAAAAUACAUUAUAACUCAUGUACUGAGGUCAAUUUAACAUUGAAUGGAAUUAUUACAAAAGAUUAUCAAAAGGAUAUCUUUGCUGCACAAUGGCAUACAUCCACUCCAGCUGUUUAGAGAACAGAUCAGCACUUCUUUAUGCAGCUAUCCUAGUCCAUACAUAGCACAUGGCCAUACCAGUGCAAGAUA